UUUAAAUGAAACAAUUUGUGUAGCCUUUUUAAUGUUGUUCCAUUUAUACAUGCCAUUUUAUUCUGUUUUCAUUCCUUCACCGAAGUGCUGCAAGUGUGUGAUAUGACCAUGUAUUUGUGCGUGCAUUAAACCCCUGAAGAAGAAAAAAAACAUUUUUAAUGGAUCACAUACAGAUAUCCAUUCUAAUUAAGUUUAAAUCUAAUUUAACAAUAUCAUUUUGUUAACGGUUAAUAAUCAGUUCACAAGCUGGUCUGUCAGGUCCACUUUUAGGGAAGCCCCCCACCACGCAAGGUCCCCUUGCAGAGUGUGCCCUGCAUGCCCAUCCACUACACCACUGCACAUACAUUGGCUAGGUACGAGACCAUUGAAAACUGUAGGCCUGAGUCAGACAGUGUGCAAUUUUGAAUGCAUCCUUUCUCUCAGAUAACAACCUUUCUGGUUCUUUCAGAGCGUUACAAAUGUCAGUCACUGUUUGCAGAUACCACUGAAAUUAAUGUUUCCUGUUUCCUUCUCAGUGUACUGCCAUAUUACAGCUCCUUUCAAUAAUAAUAAAAAAAAAAUAGAUUAUUUGAUUGAUUUCUGGAAACCUGACAGACUUGUUAAAAACCAGUAUUUCAAAAGUCACUGUAUACUACCUUAGUGUGUUAGUCACUAAUAUUAUACAGUAUUUGUUACUAAAGUUACUAAAGUUUUGUUAAGGAAAAAAAUAAAAUAAAAAAUCCACACCACAGUUGUAUGUAAAUUGAUAAUUGGAUAGUGCUUGUGAUUAUAAUUGAAAACAGGAUACUACCUAGUAACAUCUGAUAUUUAUAACUGGAGUAACUCUGGUUGGACAAUAGCCUCAAACCUGACAUGAUCGUAAAGCACUGGCAACAUGCAGCUGGGGUUCAGUGCUUGUGAAAAUGUCACUGCUACAGUUCUUGAGUUGUCAUCUCAUUUUGACACUGUCUGUAUUGACUGGAGCAAAAAGUGCUGAUGACUAUUACAUAAGACGGUCAAGAUGCAUCUACAGCUCUCCUGAUUACAGUGACAUGGUGUAUAUUGACAGCUUUUAUUUAAAUAAAUUUCUAUUCACACAGUUCAACAGUACUUUGAGGAAGUUUGUGGGGUUUAGCGAGAUCGGAAUGAGAUUUGCAGAGCGAUGGAAUGAUAGCCCAUUUCUGGAAUCAGAGAGAGCUGGUGCUACUAUAUGCAAAUUUCUUUUUAAAUCCGAGGAUACACCUGACCUUGUUAAAGUAGUGAAACCAAAGGUUAAGCUCAGAUCAGUGAAACAGGCUGGUGGCAGACAUCCAGCUGUGUUGAUGUGCAGCGCAUAUGAAUUUUAUCCUCCGCACAUCAAAGUUUCGUGGCUGAGAGAUGGUAAACCAGUGACCUCUGAAGUGACAUCCACUAUGGAGAUGGCUAAUGGUGAUUGGUACUACCAAAUUCACUCUGACCUGGAGUACACUCCCAGAUCUGGAGAGAAGAUCUCCUGUAUGGUUGAGCAUGAUAGCUUCAAUAAACCCAUGAUCUAUGACUGGGAUCCGUCUCUCCAAGAGUAUGAGAGGAAUAAAGUUGCUAUUGGAGCCUCUGGUCUGGUGCUGGGAAUCAUCUUCACAGCUACUGGACUAAUUUACUUCAAGAAGAAAUCAACAGGAAGGGUCCGAGUACCUCAGCAAUGAUGGUAGAUUGCUCAUUCAAGUUUGAUAACUCACUUUGAUAAUUAUGACUGCAAGGGGAAACAUAAUGAAAAAUGUUCACUUUGCACCAAGCUUUGUGACAUGAUCUCAGCUUAUUAGUUUCCAGUUAUGUAUGUUUUCAGUGUACAGUAAAUUGUAAUCACUUGUGGUUCUCAAUCCUGGUCCUUGGGACAUUUUCUGUCACUCUUAUCUGACACACUCAGAUUAUGUUUAUGGAUUUUUUAAUAGUUUUGAAUACAGAGAACAAUAUUAUCAAAACAAGUCCCAUGGAUACAAAAGAACAACUUAAAAUGCUGCAUUAUGCAUGCCACACCAGUAGUUGCCAAUGUCACUUUGUGAAGAAA